UUGAACAUGGAAUUCAAUCCGUCAGACCAUCCUCGGGCCAGCACAAUAUUCCUCAGUAAAUCUCAGACAGACGUGAGAGAAAAACGCAAGAGUCUCUUCAUUAACCAUCAUCCUCCAGGACAAAUAGCGAGGAAAUACAGCUCCUGCUCCACUAUUUUCCUAGAUGAUAGCACAGUCAGUCAACCAAACCUCAAGUAUACAAUUAAAUGUGUAGCUCUCGCAAUAUAUUACCACAUCAAAAACAGGGACCCAGAUGGAAGGAUGCUCUUAGAUAUUUUUGAUGAAAACCUUCACCCUCUUUCGAAAUCCGAAGUGCCACCAGAUUAUGACAAACACAACCCAGAGCAGAAGCAGAUUUACCGGUUUGUUCGGACACUGUUCAGUGCUGCUCAGCUGACGGCCGAAUGUGCCAUUGUCACCCUGGUAUACCUUGAAAGACUUUUAACGUAUGCAGAGAUAGACAUCUGUCCGGCCAACUGGAAGCGGAUUGUUCUAGGAGCGAUCCUGCUGGCCUCCAAGGUUUGGGAUGACCAGGCUGUGUGGAAUGUGGAUUACUGCCAGAUCUUGAAAGACAUUACAGUGGAGGACAUGAAUGAGCUAGAACGACAGUUUCUUGAAUUGCUCCAGUUCAACAUCAAUGUUCCUUCCAGUGUUUAUGCCAAGUAUUAUUUUGAUCUUCGUUCUCUGGCAGAAGCAAACAACCUGAGCUUUCCCUUAGAGCCCCUGAGCAGGGAGAGGGCUCACAAGCUUGAGGCCAUCUCGCGCCUCUGCGAGGACAAGUACAAGGACCUGCGAAGACCCACGAGGAAGCGGUCAGCGAGUGCUGACAAUCUAACUCUGCCGAGAUGGUCCCCGGCCAUCAUCUCCUAACCGUAGGCGUCCCCACUGGAGGCCGUGCCAUCCCGCAGUUUCUCCUUUAGUUUGAGAAAAGACAGACUUGGGGUGGUUUUGUUUUUGUUUUCCUUUCCUUUUCUUUCUUUUAAUUCAUAGCUCUGUCAGGCUGCCUUGAUGACCGCCUCCAGGCUGCGUGGCCCACACGCAGCAAGGCCUCGAGGGAAGCGAAAUCAGUAUUCCGGAAGUCCUGUUUCAUGCCUUUCCCCUCGUCAUUAACAGCACUUCCCUCAUGGAAGAAAAAGACUCUCAUCCUGGAGAAGGAGACAAAGGGAAAGGGAAGUCGUAGAGGCAGGGAAAAGGUUAAAUGGCUCGGCCAUCUCUUAAGUCCCCAUCUGGUCAGUAGAUGAUACGAGGGAAAAACACAAUAGUAGGUAACAAAGUUGGAUGUGCAUUAAAGACAAGAGUGCAGCGUUUAUCACCUCCACUUGGAUCAGUAUGUUCUGUAAGACUUCUCGCAUUCCUUCUAGCUGCUUUUUUGGGAUUUGGGGGAUUUUUUGUUUGUUUUUUAUUCUGUUUUGGUUUUGGUCCCACAGAGCAGAGAAUAUAGUUUGUACCCAUCAUGGCACAGACAUCCAAAUAAAUAGUACUGGUUGUUUCUCUCUGCACUACUCCUGUGAGCUGUCUUCUGAGCUUUCUUCCUCACAAGUGCGAUGCGCUUGUUACGUUUCUGUACACCUUUAUUUUAUACAGCUUUUCUCCAACGGUGGCAAAAUUAACUUGACUGUAGUGCUGAACCAAAAGUUUCCCUUUCCCUCCUCAUUUCCACACCCCAAGAAAAUUCUAGAUCACAUGGGUGCUUGUGCCUUCCUAUUUUCUUGCAGGUUUUUUUCUCUGACCUGAAGUCGUAAUUACAAAUCUGUCAGACUUUGUGAACUGAAGGAAACAAUGUGCAGCAGAGGGUGUCCUCUGGUUGAAGAGUUUCUGGAGUGCUAGGUGUUUGCCUGAAGCUACUGAGUAGAGCCAUUUCUCUGUACCCCCUGCCCAGUUCAUUCCUCUACUUCCAUGUCCAUUGUUGCAAGCAAUAUUCUUCUCAAUUUUUAUAUGUUUACUUUAAAUCAAAGUUAGUCUAUUUGUAUAAAGUUUUUUAAAAAUCUAAAAUUUAAAAAAAAAAGGUGGGGGUUUGUUCCGGUGGGAAGAUCAUUGAAUGGCAAAAUGUAAACUAUUAACUGAGGUAUUUUUCACAGGAUGAUUGAAUAAAAAAACUCAACUUGCAUUUUCAUUGUGGGUGCUUAGAGAAGUUCUACAAAAUUCAAACUGUGAAGGUUUAUGCUUCAUUAGUUUUGACCGUACUUUUUCAUUUUCUGACUAUCCCUAAUUUCCUUAUGGGCUAGAUAAGAAUCUUUUAUAUCAAGUAAAAUAAAAGGGUUAAUGAUAGAAUAUCAGAGUAAAUUUGGUAUUAAGUCUAAGAAUCUGAGUCAGUGAAGCAUAUAAUGCUUUGGGUUUUUGCAUAUUUUCCUGGGUCACAAUGACAGGUUUCUAAGUUUUUUCCCGUUUCAAGUUUCUGCGAGGCAAAUGGCAGCAGAUACUCUAUGUUUCACCUUCCUCCUAUUUGAACUUUGGAAAUACUUUGGAAUCCUAUUAGUCUUGGGUACCCUAAGGUCAUACGCCUGAUCCCCAGACAUGCUUACUCCUGAUGGAACGUACUUUGGAAAUGGAAGGGAUUCAGAAAAUUGAAACCCCAAGAUCUCCAAGCCAAAAGUGCUAGUCAGGUUUCAGUGAAAUUUGUAUCAUGUGUAAACAACUGUUUGGACCAGAAAUAUUGUCAAGUUCUUUCUGGCCUAAACUUCCAAAAGCAAACAAACUGAAUCUGAAAAGUUAAUUAUCUUUCCCUUGUAAUGGUGUUGAUAUACUCUGUAUGGGUACCAAAAUUAGUUUCUCUCUUUAAGUAAGAGUUGGAUUUAGAACUUUAACUAGAGAUCUAAAAAUGUAGGAAAUAUCAUUUUAUAUUCCCUAGUCUAUAUAGCUUAAAAAGGGACAUAUUUUCUUAGCUGAAUAUGAAUACCUCUCAAGCCUAAAUUAGUUCCUCUCAUGUAAAGUAUCUUAUUUUACUGAUUCAUUUCAGGAAAGAGGUUCUGCUGCCUUUAAAGCAGAAAGCUUAUUUUUAUCCCUUUUAUUUGAAUGAGAGAGAUUUGAAAAUUGAAUUCUGUAAAUAUUUCAGUGCAUCUAUUAUUUUGUGGAGUUUAUUAAACUACUUUAAAAAAUUGUAUAGUCUAUUUAUUGUAUGUAUGUACAUACAGUCUGAUAACUUAAAAUUUAAAGUGGAUUCCGUAAAACCUGACUCAGUCUUGUUUGGAUUAUUGAACAUUGUUUUAGCCUUGUGCACUGGACUCUACCUCUGUAUAGGAAAAUUUUCCAUAUUCAUUAAUAAGUAUUGAUCUGUAUUAAUUGGUUAUGUUUCUUGCACUAAGGAUUUUUAAAACUCUGCUAUAAGUGUAGAUUUUAGUUUUACUUUUGCAGUAUGAAUCACUUGACACAUAGAUACUUCAGGUUUGUUUAUUUUAUUUUUCUACAUGAUGAGGAAUACUUAAAUUUUGUUCUUUGGUUUGUUCUGAGUUUGCCAAAAAGAAACCCCAGCAACACCCAAUACAGUACCUAUUGGCAAAUCAUAGUGACUGUAAUUUGUUUGCAAGAUCAUUCAAUGCCCUGCAAUUAAAGCUGGAUUGCUAUUUAGGACUACAUUGUCUUAGUGUAGUUUUUGAAUGGACAGUUUUCAUCAUUGAUGGAGGAUGAAGAAAACUGCACGUUUUAUUGACUUUAAUUUUAGAUUUGACUUAAACAACAAAUAAAGUCAUUGGGAGAAUAAGUAUA